UGAACAUAGUCGAUUAAACACACGUAGUCGAUUAAGGGCCCUGCCUGCGCGAAUUUUUUUUUCUACGCCGUCUUCCGCCACAAUCGACCAAAAAACCCUAGAUCUGCUCUUCAUCGUCACCAUGUCGUCGCCACACCACACCAUCACCACCCCACUUCCAUAUGUGCAAUGAACUCAACUGAAAAUAUAAAUGCAAUAAUUACAGUACAUGGCACCUUCUCUAGACGCGUGUCAGGACAUAGUUGUGGUUGAGGUCCCGAAGUUAGGGAAAGAAGCUGCACAGAAGGCCAUAAAAAAAUGGCGUCAACCCAAGUCAAAGAUCACCCACCUCGUUUUCUGCACCACCAGCGGCGUCGAUAUGCCCAAGCUCCUCGGCCUCCGCCCCUCCGUCAAAGGUUUCAUGAUGUACCAGCAGGGCUGCUUCGCCGGAGGAACCGUCCUCCGCAUGGCUAAAGAUCUCGCCGAGAACAACGCCGGCGCUAGGGAUUUGGUCGUCUGCGCUGAAAUCACCAACAUCAUGUUCUGGGGACCCAACGGCAGCCCCCUCGACAGCCUCAUCGAGCGGCUUUUGUUCGGCGACGGGGCCGCCGCCUUCAUCGUGGGCUCCGACCCGGUGGUCGGAGUUGAACGGCCGCUGUUCCAGCUCGUCUCGGCGGCGGUAGCGGUGGACGGUGGGGGAGAGGUAGAGGCGGUGGUGAAAGGCAGGUGAAUUUGGGAAAAGAGAAAUUAGGGUUUCAAAAUAGUAUAUUAACAAUUAAGGGUAGAUUUGGAAUUAUAAAAAUAAUAUUUGGUGGAAUACUAACUAAGGGGGUUAUCUCAAAUUAUUUUUGGAAGGGGGGGUUUUCUUUACUACAUUUACUAGAUGAGGG